AUGGCCUCAUUCCCCACGACAUGGUAUUGGCACCCUGAGGCUCCCGCCUUCUUCAUUUGCUCUCGUUGCUAUCUCGACCACCUCCAAUGGAACCCGGCUGGAUCAGCCCUCCAAUCUGCUUACUUCACAGAUGGGAUACCACGGAUAUGUUUGUGUAGUUUGCCUCGCAUGAAGACACGGCUUCUCCCUCAAGCAGUCGCUGCUGGAUCGCUUCACCCUGCCCUCGAGUACAUGCGGUUCCGCCCAACCAUCCAGCAAUGCAAGGGUGUAGAUGGAAUCAAAGGCGGGCAAGGCCAUCGCUGGUACAAGGCCGAGGGAGACUCGAUUCCCGGCUUUUUUGCCUGCCAAGCCUGUUUUGAAGAUCACGUCUUUCCCACGUACUUCGCCAGGAAGUUCGAACAAGUACCUGAGGGACGCCAGGGUCCUAACGACAUAUGGGCAUGUGAUAUUGCGUCGCGAUAUGUUCUGAAGCAUCUGGAGCUCAAGUCCAAGACCAAUAAUUGGCCCGGGUUCGUCACCGAGGCUAGGGCGCGGCUUUCAAUCUCCAGAUGUCCGGGUCCCAACCCGGUCCCAACCUCUGGUCUCUCAUGGUUCAUGCCCAAGGAGAUUCGCGGGCUCGCGGCGUGUCCUGCUUGUUUCUGUGACCAAGUGCUCUGGACCGACGAAGAUGCCAAGUGGCGCGAGGUUACGGAAUGGAAAGCCGACCGGCGCCAGAAGGUGACAUGCUGCUUUGCCCAGCUGAAUUUGAAGCUCUGUGUUGAGAGAGCCCACGACCUGGAAGACUACUCUGGGUUUUGGGCCGCCGCAAAGAGGCUGUCGCAUGUCCCUAUUUGCAGCCCGCAAGGUAUCAAGAACGGCCAAUGGUACACAUUGCGUUCAGAUCCGGCCGACUUCAGGAUGUUUUACAUGAAGGCUGAUCCGUCGCCGCUUAGUUCCUAUGCAUCUGUCUGGGCCAAGAUCCCCCUCUGUCCUAGGGAUCAGGAUAAGCCAGGGAUGCACUGGUACGGAUGGCCUGGAUGCACGAUCUGCCAAGAAUGUUAUCUCAACUUCACCUCUAAAUACCCUAAUAUGUGCCAGGUGAUGGACUACCAAGAUAUAUUCAUACCUCAAGCCACGCUUUGUGAAAUGUAUAGCCCGCGGAUGAGAGAUUUAUUCAAACAAGUGGCCGCCGCAGGGCCUUCUGGCCUGCCCGCCCUCUUCCACGCUGUUGCGCAACGACGAAUCGUGUAUGCCCAAACGGUGCCUCAAAUACGUAACACCAUAGCGCAUCAGAAAAGCCUUCUUGGACAGCAGGACAUGCUCAACACCCAGAGCACCUUCCACAUGGUUAAGGGCCACAUGGACCAAAUAUCAUAUGGAACGCCUUACACGUACAGCGCGGCUGGUGUUGGAUCUGGUUUUGCGAACAUGGACUUGCUCCAAUCCGCGCAGCUAAGGCAAGAAACAUUUGGGAUGGUAGCAGGGGCCCAGAAUGCAUCUUUAGAGGUGGCGGCGCUCGAGAAGCAGUGGAGGGCAGUGGAGUAG